AUGGAAUAUUUUCGUUACUAUCGUAGUUGGAUGUACGAUAGAACGUUACCAGGCAGACGUGGACUUACGGCAAAUUUUGAGGAAGGAGUUAAGGGGUUUAUCACGUGGGCAUUUGCACAAGAAUGUUGUCGACGUGAAGGAGGAGUGAGAUGUCCUUGUCUUAAAUGUGAAUGUAGAUCUAUAAUUAGUGACCCAGAGGAAGUUGAACGUCAUUUGAAGAGGAAAGGUUUCAUUAAAAAUUAUUGGGUUUGGACAUAUAAUGGAGAACAACUGCCGAGUAACGUACAUGCAGACGCAACUAAUACACACGCAUCAAGCAGUCGAUCACACAUGGAAUUUGAUGAACAAUUUAAUCUGAUCGAUGAAAUGGUUGGAAAUGCAUUUGGAGUAAAUGUGACAUAUGAUGAACCUCAGGAUUUUGAUGUGACAUAUUAUUAUUUGUAUUUGUGA